UUACAGUACCCGAUGACGAUACUUUACGAUCCCAGCUGUAAGAAAGAACCAUCUACGGGAGCGUCAACGCAAUAUGGACAGGAAAAAGAAAUUUGUAUGAAACUGUUCGAGAGAUGGAGCGAACCGGAGCAAGUGCAGUUUGUCGAACAGCUGUUAGCACGAAUGUGUCAUUAUCAGCACGGACACAUCAACGCGUAUCUCAAACCGAUGCUACAGAGAGAUUUUAUUUCACUUUUGCCGAAAAAAGGAUUGGACCACGUGGCAGAAAGUAUUCUUUCGUACCUUGACGCAAAGUCGCUUGUUUCUGCAGAGCUAGUGUGCAAGGAAUGGCAUAGGGUUAUCAGUGAAGGGAUGCUUUGGAAGAAAUUGAUUGAACGUAAGGUCCGAACGGAUUCAGUUUGGAGAGGUCUGGCUGAAAGAAGAGGAUGGAUACAAUAUCUCUUCAAACCGAAACCGGGCGAGGCCCAUCCGAAUCACAAUUUCUACAGAUCUCUUUAUCCAAAAAUUGUCAAAGACAUCGAAAGUAUAGAGAACAACUGGAGAAUGGGCCGAUUCAAUCUUCAAAGAAUCAACUGUCGCAGCGAGAACUCGAAAGGAGUUUAUUGUCUGCAAUAUGAUGACCAAAAGAUAGUUUCCGGGCUUCGAGACAACACGAUUAAGAUCUGGGACAGAAAUACUCUGCAGUGUAUCAAGGUGUUGACGGGGCACACGGGUUCUGUUCUUUGUUUGCAAUAUGAUGAUAAGGCUAUAAUAUCCGGUUCCUCGGAUAGCACUGUGAGAGUUUGGGACGCUACCACGGGUGAAAUGGUCAACACGUUAAUUCAUCAUUGUGAGGCAGUACUGCAUCUCAGAUUUAACAACGGCAUGAUGGUCACUUGCUCAAAGGAUCGUUCAAUAGCAGUCUGGGAUAUGACAUCGCAGACAGAGAUUGCGUUGAGAAGAGUAUUAGUGGGGCACAGAGCAGCAGUGAACGUAGUUGACUUUGAUGAGAAAUACAUUGUUUCCGCUAGUGGUGAUAGGACUAUCAAAGUAUGGAACACCUCCAAUUGCGAAUUUGUGCGAACAUUGAACGGACAUAAACGCGGCAUAGCGUGUUUGCAGUAUAGGGAUCGCUUAGUAGUUAGUGGUAGUAGUGAUAAUACCAUACGUCUAUGGGACAUCGAGUGCGGAGCUUGCUUACGUGUUCUGGAAGGGCAUGAAGAAUUAGUGAGAUGUAUUCGUUUCGAUAGUAAACACAUCGUCAGCGGUGCUUAUGACGGAAAAAUCAAAGUUUGGGACCUCGUAGCUGCUCUCGAUCCUCGUGCCGUUGCCAGUACAUUAUGUUUGCGAACUUUAGUGGAGCAUACCGGACGUGUGUUUCGUCUUCAGUUUGAUGAGUUCCAAAUAGUUUCAUCAUCUCACGAUGAUACAAUACUCAUUUGGGAUUUUCUUAAUUACAAUCCGUCAAGCGGAAGUGUAUGCAGUGGACGUCUGCCGAUGGAUGGAGCGCCGAACCAAGCCGAUACUAGAUCUCCUUCCCCAUUCGAGUGACGUAUCAAUACGGAGAUUCCUUUAUUGUGAUAUAAUUACAAGUGGUUAGUGAGUGAAUUCAAUGUGUUCACGACAAUGUGCGCAAACGAUGAAAUGCCCCAUGAUGAGUGUCCUGUGUGAACAGCAGUUAUACAUAAAACGACUGAGGGAAAAAUUUGAUUGAUCAAUGACUUUGAUUUAUUGUUUGCUGGCAAACAGCAAAAGAAAUUCCUCAAGAAAGAGAAAAGUAAACGGACUGACUUGCGUAAAAACUAUAAAUUAUAAUUUAAAUAUGCGCUUGACGCACCGCGUUUAGGAACGAACAGUAUGUUUAAAGCCGCAUAAAUACAUCCCAUGGAUGUAAACGAUUGUCGUUGUCUGCUUUGGCCAUAUCUGGAAUUCUUCUACGCUCUAUGACAUGAUAGGAGUCAAGACCAUUUUCCUACGAUAAAAAAAAAGAAAGACUUACAAUAUGUAAUGUAGCAAAACGUUUUUAGGGAGGCUGGAUAUUACACUUAAUAAGACAUUAGAUGUAUUAUAGUACAAGAAAUUAAUGAUUUUUUAUAUAAUUAAUUUAUGAUAAAAAGAAUUGUAAAAUGUUGUUUGAUUGGAGUACUUAUUUUGUGUGAAUGUGUAAAGAAAAUUGUUACAUGGGAGAAUUAUCGUGUUGCACCGUCUCUUGAAAAUAGCUCGUAGAAAGUGCUACAUACCCAUGUUUGGAAUUGUAAGAAAAAUUUUUGAUUGAAUGUACAACAGUUUUUUGUAGAUAUUCGAAUUUUGUGAAACUUAUUUAAAAAGCGAGUGAAGAGUCAACAACCUCUGCACAGCCUACAUUUGGUACGAUACUAUUUGCAUUUAGAAUAUAAAAAUCACUACAUUAGAAUGUAAAUAUUAUCAUUGUUAUUAUAUUCAUACCGAACAAAUAUAGCGUGUGAUCUUAAAAUAACUUUAACUACUGUUAAAAAAAGGAAAAGAAACGCUAUUAUUAUAUCUUGACCAUUGAUCUCGUUUAACUCAUUUUAUUCAUGUUUUGUGCACUAUAAGUGUUUCUCAUUUUUAUAUUUGUCUAAAUUGCUAACCUGUGCGAAAUGUGUAUUAAUGCUCUUUUUUCUAGAAGUGUUAAAUUUUUUACGACUUGGUAUUUCACUGAAAUUUUAAGAAAUAUAUUCUUUAAAUAUAACAAAAACUUUAAUAGCAGAUAAACGAGACUUAUCAUUUAUAUCCAUUUCUAUCAAUGCAAAUUAACUUCAAUCUCAAUUUUACUUAUUUUUUAUCUUUUUCUAAUUCUUAGAACUAAAAGCAAAGGGAAAAAGUAAGUUGAACCAAGAUUAAAGUUAAUCUACAUUGAUAAAAAUGAACAUUAGAUUUACACAUUUACGUACAUACUGAAUAUAAAACAUACGUAAUUCAAAUGACGUCACUAUAAAACACCUAAAUGGUUGUGAUGUUAUAAAACAGUUCGUGCUUCGUGAACAGCGUGAAUACUAAUGUAUACACAUAUGCAAUAUUAUAUCACAUUAUAUUCGCGAAAUAAGGUACAGCUAAAAUCUCAUGAUACCAUACAGAUACUUUGAGCGUGAUUAAAGGCAAGACAUCUUCGAAUAUAUGAUAUUAAACAUGCCACAGUGUUGAUAACUAUAUGAAAGUAAGAUACUACUAAAGAAGUGAAAUACCGAACGUUUUUCAAAUAUGCGUUUUGUUAAUGGUCAGUAAAAAAAUGCAACAUAAUAUGAUCUUAUGAACUGUCUUAUCAAUAAAUAUAAUGGGUUAUACAGAACAAAUUGUCAUAGAAAAUAAUAAUACAUAUUUCAAGAUGUAACAUUACGAUGAUUUGAAUCUUUCAGUCCUAUAAUAAGAUUAUAGAAGAAAGUUUACAUUUUGAUUUUUUCAAUGUGUAUACGUGACGUUAAUCUCAAAAUUUUAUACGAGCUAUGUAUACAGAAUGCAAUUUACAUAUUAAUGCGCGUGGAAAUAGUAGGGCAAUACUAAAUUAAUAUUUAAAAUGCGCGAAAUUUGUUUACUAUUGUAACGCAUAAUUAAAGGGAAAAAAAUGAAAUAUAUAGAUACAACAGA